GAUAGUUUAAUUUUGAAAAAAGCCCGUUCAAAAAAGAUAAGAAAAUGCGCACGCCCAAAAACAAAACCGGCCCUGGAAAGAGUACGCUAGCUGUUUAAAAAUAACGAAUAAAGCAAAAAGCCCAUCGCUGAACUUAUUUGAAAGUUUUAAAAUGGAGAUCUACACAACCUCUCUCAUGGCGACUCUGCAGGAUUACGCUUCGCUGGUAUUUCCUUCCUGGAACGCGGCGGGAAUAAUUUUGGUAUACUUCACAUAUUUAUAUUUCGCUGGAUUUUUUCUGCCCGGGAGAGUCAUUCCAGGUGUUCUUCUUGCGGAUAAGUCAAGGAUUAGUUACCGCUGUAAUGGUUUUGCUACACUUUUGUUGUUGAUUGCUCUCCUAGGAAUUACUGUAGUGGCUGGGCUUUUCUCACCAGCGGUUAUAGCAGACAGAGGAGGAGAGUUACUGUCUACAACAUUUAUACUCAGCAUUUUGAUUACAUUAGUCUUAUAUUUUUCGGGUCGUAGUUCUCAUAGUACUACAACUUCUCUAAAGCCACAUGUUACAAACAGCUUCAUUCAUGACUGGUGGUUUGGGAUACAGCUAAACCCACAAUUCUUGGGCAUUGAUCUUAAAUUCUUUUUUAUUCGUGCUGGUAUGAUUGGUUGGUUGGUCAUCAAUUUAUCAGUUGCGGCGAAAACUUUUGAACAGAAUGGCUCAUUAGGCAUUGCAAUGAUUCUUUAUCAGAGUUUUACUCUGUUUUACGUGAUGGAUUAUUUCUGGUAUGAAGAAUACAUGACAUCCACUUGGGACAUCAUUGCAGAGAAUUUGGGUUUCAUGUUGGUUUUUGGAGAUUUGGUUUGGAUUCCAUUCACUUUCAGUAUUCAGGGUUGGUGGCUUUUAACACACAAAGCUGAUAUUACAAAAGCUGCUGCCAUCCUCAAUGUUCUUGUUUUUAUAAUUGGGUAUCGAGUGUUUAGAGGCUCAAACAAACAGAAACAUAUUUUCAAGAAAGAUCCAACAACUCAUAUUUGGGGCGAACCUCCAAAGGUUAUAGGAGGAAAGUUACUGGCUUCAGGUUAUUGGGGCAUAGCUAGACACUGCAACUAUCUUGGGGAUCUACUUCUAGCUUUCUCAUUUAGUUUGCCCUGUGGUGCAACCUCUCUGGUUCCUUAUUUUUACCCUGUUUACCUACUAAUCCUACUUAUCUGGAGGGAACGAAGAGAUGAGGCCAGAUGUCAUGAAAAGUACAGGGAAGAUUGGGUAACAUACUGUAAAGUUGUACCAUGGAGAAUAUUACCAUACGUUUACUAGUUUAGUUCAGUUUUUUUGUUUGUUGUUGAAUUCAACAUGUGUUUCAUUCAAUUAUAAUGCUUAUGAUCCUUCUUGGAAGCCCUCGAAGCUUGGAGAUCACGUUGAAAUAUUUUCAAUUUUGUUAUGUUGGAAAAUCAUAGAAGCAUUACUUAAGCUAUUACGGUGUUUCUCCAAAUGUACAUGAAAGGCUAAGUGCUAGUUGCAAAUGGAAAAUAAAUAAGAAAUUUGAUCAACA